CUGACAGGAGCUGGAAGAUGGCGGCUUACCUACAGUGGAGGCGCUUUGUAUUUUUUGACAAAGAGCCGGUGCGGGAGGAUGGGAAACCUCUAAAUAUGCCUGGGGGGUUGACUGUGUGUGACUCCGGCCGGGGGAGCCUGAUUUUCGGCGAUAUGUCAGGUCAGAUUUGGUUCUUGCCUCGGUCCCUCCAGCUUACCUGUUUCCAGGCCUACAAACUUCGUGUCACUCAUCUUCACCAGCUUAAACAACACAACAUCCUGGUGUCUGUGGGAGAGGACGAGAAAGGAAUUAAUCCUUUGGUAAAGGUGUGGAACCUGGACAAGCGAGAUGGUGGUAACCCACUCUGCACUCGCAUCUUCCCAGCAAUUCCUGGUAACAAACCUACUGUGGUGUCCUGCAUUACCGUCCAUGAGAAUCUAAACUUUAUGGCUAUUGGUUUUACAGAUGGUAGCAUUGUUUUGACCAAGGGUGACAUAACACGUGACAGACAUAGCAAGACCCAGAUCCUUCAGGAGAGCAGCUACCCUGUAACAGGAAUGGCUUUCAGGCAAACAGGCAAAACCACUCACUUGUUUGUUGUCACAACUGAGAGUGUACGGUCAUAUGAGCUGUCCCAAAAGGAUUACCCGUAUACAGAUCUGGAUAUCCAUGGCUGCAGCUUGCGCUGUUCAACCCUGACUGACCCGUCGCAAGACCUGCAGUUUGUUGUGGCUGGGGAUGAGUGUGUAUAUCUUUACCAGCCAGAUGAGAGGGGCCCCUGUUUUGCUUUUGAGGGACAGAAGCUAAUUGUACAUUGGUAUCGCGGUUACCUGAUCAUUGUGGCACGGGACAGAUCAGAGCUAGCGGGACGUGGAGGGGACACCCAGGAGGUGGACAGACAGACGCUAACCAUAUAUGACAUGGGGAACAAGCUGAUAGCAUACAGCUGUGUUCUGACUGAAGUUGUGGACGUGCUGGCAGAGUGGGGCUCCCUGUAUGUGCUGACACGAGAUGGGCUUAUUCACGCCUUACAUGAGAAGGACACUCAGACCAAGCUGGAGAUGCUGUUUAAGAAGAAUUUCUAUGUUAUAGCCAUUUCUUUGGCUAAGGGUCAGCAUUUGGACAGUCAUGGCCUUUCUGAAAUCUUUCGCCAGUAUGGCGAUCACCUCUAUAACAAGGGAGACCAUGAUGGCGCAAUUCAACAGUAUAUCAGGACAAUUGGGAAGCUGGAGCCAUCCUAUGUCAUCCGUAAGUUUCUGGAUGCACAAAGAAUACACAAUCUGACAGCGUAUCUCCAGGCUUUGCACCUUCAGUCUCUGGCCAAUGCCGACCACACAACACUUCUUUUGAACUGCUACACCAAGUUGAAGGAUAGUGCCCGUCUGGAGGAAUUUAUUAAGGCCAGUGAGGGGGAAGUACACUUUGAUGUGGAGAUUGCUAUCAAAGUUCUGCGGCAGGCUGGGUACCACUCACAUGCCCUGUACCUGGCUGAGAAGCAUGCACACCACGAGUGGUACCUGAAGAUCCAACUCGAGGACAUCAAGAAUUUCCAAGAAGCUCUGCAGUACAUUGGACGCCUCCCCUUUGCUCAGGCUGAGAGCAACAUGAAACGCUAUGGGAAAACUCUCAUGUGUCAUGUCCCUAAUGAGACAACCCAACUUCUCAAUGACCAUUGCACCAGCUUUCCCCAACAAGGGGAGACCAGUAGGUCGAAUCCUGAGGAAUUCAUUCCAAUAUUCGCCAACAACCCCAGUGAGUUGAAGACCUUUUUGGAGCACAUGAUCAGAGUUCAGAGUGACUCUCCGCAGGGUGUAUAUGACACUUUGCUUGAGCUCCGACUACAGAACUGGGCACAUGAGGAAGACCCAAAGGUGAAGAAGCAGUUGCAUGACGACGCAAUCUCUCUGCUGAAGAGCGGACGCUUUAAGAAUGUGUUCGAUAAAGCCCUAGUUCUUUGCCAGAUGCACAACUUCCAGAAUGGGGUGCUCUAUCUGUACGAACAGGGCAAACUUUUUCAGCAGAUCAUGCACUACCAUAUGCAAAAUGAUCAGUAUCAGAAGGUGAUAGAAGCCUGUGAGCGAUUUGGGGAGCAAGAAGGCUGCCUGUGGGAGCAAGCGCUCAGUUACUUCGCACGCAGAGAGGAGGACUGUAAAGAGCAUAUUGCCACUGUUCUGGGGCACAUCGAGAGCAGGAAUCUCAUGCCCCCACUGCUUGUUGUCCAGACUUUGGCUCAUAACUCAACUGCUACACUAUCAGUGAUUCGAGAAUACCUCAUCAGCAAGAUGCAGAAACUGAGCCAGCAGGCAGAGGAGGAUGAGCAGAAGGUGCAACACUACAGAGAGGAGACGGCUCGCAUCCGACAGGAGAUACAAGAGCUCCGCACAAGCCCCAAGAUCUUCCAGAAGACCAAAUGUAGCAUCUGUAGCAGUGCUCUGGAACUGCCAUCUGUGCACUUCUUAUGUGGACACUCUUUCCACCAACACUGCUUUGAAAGCUAUGCAGAGAGCGAUUCGGAUUGCCCCACCUGCUUGCCUGAAAACCGAAAGGUUCUAGACAUGAUUCGUGCCCAGGAGGAGAGGAGGGACCUCUAUGAUCAUUUCCAGCACCAGCUAAAGCACUCCAGUGAUGGAUUCAGCGUGGUCGCAGACUACUUUGGCCGUGGUGUCUUCAACAAACUGACAUUGAUCACUGAUGGACCCUCUGGUAGAAUGGGAGCUGUGAAGGAGGCUGGAUUGCAGCGAGAUCUUCUCAUUAAUACCAAGAGGAAUGUUUAAUCUUAAGAGUGAGAUCUUUUGUGCAUAUAAAGAAUUUGACUUAAGGCCAAGCUGUGGCAACCUAAUGUGCUUUAUAAGCAAAGCUUAGAGUUCUUGUAAAGUAACAAAGACUUGAUAGAUACCGAGUAAUAAAAGGAACUAAAUCUGAUUACUCUUGUCAUGGACAAAAUGUGAACAGAAGAAGGGUCUCUCUGAAUUAGACUGUAGCAUCUUAUAUGUAAGAUAAGAAGACUGAUGCUGAGUUCUACAGGAUUCUGCUUUACUAUUAAAUGAUACCUAACAAAGACAUUGUGAUCGUAUCUUCCCAACAAUAUCUUGCAAGCCACAAUUCUUUUUCCAGUCUUAGAGUAUACUAGAUUUACAUGUCACUGCAUUUGUCACUUUGCUUGUCAUUGAUAAUGCCUAAUUCACAAAUUUACCAUGUCCCUAGUUUUGGUCUUGUUAUCCCCAUUUGGACUGACCUUUUAACUUAUUAAACCUGUUCAUAUCAUUAGGUCAAUAUGCUCCAGUGGGACUGACCAUUUAACCUACUAAGGGUCUGAUAAUCAAACACUUGUUGGCAUGGAGAGAAAUCUUGCCAAAUCUUUGGAGACUUUACUGAGCUAUUUUGCAAUGUAGUUGUCUCUCCUUCACAUCAAGAAAAAAAAUUGCCUUUUUAAAAGUCUUUGAGGGUCCUCAAGUAUUGAUGAGACGUCCAUUUCAUCAGAACAGAGAGGUUUAGAUUAUCAGUACAUCUGAUACUAUUGGUGGAUUUUUUUAUUUCUAUUUUAUGUCAACCUUACAGAUUAACUUUAUAUUACAAUCCCAUACUCUUCAAUAUACCUUUAAUGGGUUCAAGUAUAUUGCAAAAUGGACUCUCCAUGCCAUUGGAAAGAAUAUAAUUAAUUUUAUUUCUUUCCAAUGGCAUGGAGAGUCCACGAAUCCUUUGUAAUUACUAGUAGGAAUUCAACUCCUGGCCACCAGGAGGAGGCAAAGAACACCCCAGCAAAACUGUUAAGUAUCACUCCCACUUCCCAUAAACCCCCAGUUAUUCUUUGCCUGUGUACAUUGUAGGAGUUGUGCGAAGAUGGUGUCUGAGGAAAAUCAAGUUGUAAUACUUUAUUGGGUACUUUUCCAUGCAAGCAAGGAUUGGAGCAAUGCUGCGUCCAUGUAAUUUUUUUUUAGCAAGAGUAAUGGUGGCUAUAAGCUGUUGGAGGUCGGGGAGGUAGUCCUUAUUUAACUCCAACAAUUUAGGCUAACCCCUCUAUAGAAAACCAGGGUUGGUUACUCUGUUUUUCUUGUAUCUUCACGCCCCUGUCAGUGGUCGGAUGAGGCUAACAGACCUUGAGCUGCUGUGACUGCUCCACAGCAGAGGACCCUGAAGGGUAAGUCCUUUAUUAUUUACCUCAUAAAAGACAGGAAAAUAUCACUGAGGAAGGACUGGGAUGCUAUCAGGGACCUGCUACCCUCAGGAGGGGUUUGUUUUUUAUGUCAUAUAUAUCCUCAUGUUCUGGGAUAUUUUGCGGUUGGAGCAGCUUCUUGGCCUUUAGCCAGAUACAGGAACCUUGCCGCUUUCUUAUCCUGGUUGUAUUUGAUAUAGACCAGGUCAGUCCUGACAGAUAUUAAAUGGGGGUCAGGUUUUUUAACUUAUUUGAGCCCUGACCGUGGCUUUCUCAGCAGCGCAAGGUCGCGCGCUUCUAGCCGCCCUUUUUUCUCAAAUUCUGAGGUUAUCCAGGAUGGAUUUUUUUUUCUCUGACUAGUGCCUUUCAGUAAGGGGUUCUAGGUGGCAUUUUUACUACUGUGUGAGUAGUACGAGGCUCUCUACUAACUUUGUUUCAAGCCCCUCAUAGCUAAUGAUGGUUUGCCUUUACGAGCCACGCUUUGGGGCGAUACCUCUCACGAGCCUGUAGCUACAUAAAGGGAGAUUACUUUUGGCUCUUUUUCUAACGGGGAUUGGUUGUAAACCUUUGGGCUUGUGUCACCUGCUUUUAUGGGGUUCAUUUACAGACCUAGUCAGCAGCGUGUCUCCUGAGUAUUAGACUAUGCUGUGGCAGGUCGCUCAAGCCGCCCCUCUUAAUUUUAUUGGGGCUUCUACUUUGCUUCCUAGAGUCCGAUGUAGGUAGCUAGCGCUCUUAUUUCUUUAGUAUACUCUCAGACAACAUAUGAUCCUGGCAAAUAGGAGACUAACGGGUUGAUGGGCGAAGCAAGGCCUGGGACUUUUUUAGUGUUGACAGUUUGCCACUGCUCGCUGGGCGCCUAGUUGUCUUGCGGUGUUUACUGGGUUAACCCCUUUUCCACCGCGAGACUGUUUUGUUGGCGCAUUUGUCUCUGUAAUGGCGUCUCCUGUUGCGAGCGCAUACAGAGUUUUCUCUGUCUAGUUAUCAACACAGUUUCUACUAGUUAGUUUAACUAGUUAGGCGUGAGGCUCCCUUAUGGUUCCGGGUUAUACAUAUAAGGAUUGUGGUUUAUUAUAUUCCUGGGAGUCAUGGGGACUGAAGUAGCGCUUUCCUUUAUUAGUAUGCUCAGGAGGAGUCGGUACAUUACUGCUUUUUUAGCAUAGUGCAUAUUAUAGAUUGACUAUUUAUGUACUUUACUUUCCCAGGUUGUCUCAGAGCACAGUGGUUCUUUAAUGAUUAUAAUUUCAAUUAUACUGUGAUCUCUCUAUGGGACAUUGUCAUAGCCAUGGGGUAUAUGUAUUCUCAUACCCCGCUAUUAUUUCUUAAAGUUGUAGCUCUGUGUUACACUUUUUAAAGGGAUUGUUUUUAGCCUUAUAAAGUUUGGACUUUUCUUAUAUGUGAAUGAUUAUCUCUUGGAAAAUUUGCAGAGAUUUCUAGUUACCAUUCUUUACUAUUGUUUUAUGGUAUUUCUGGGGACUUCUCUAUAUUGGUGUUUACUGCCAUCUUGUGGCAGUUCAGUGCUGAUAUUCCUUAUCUAAUUUACAUCAGUUAUCUGAUGUUUUUCAUCUUCCGUGAGGAGGUAUUUUGUGUGGGAAGGAUUUCCCUUCUUUUGGAUGGCAUCUCUUUGUUUUCUCUGUGGGACAUAAUGUCUUUUGAGAUAUGCAAUUUAGCAUUUUCUGUAUUCUAACCUCUUAUGUAUGGGACUCAUGUUAAGUUAUUUGAGCUAUGAUUCUUUAUUUCUUGGCUCUCCCAGGUUGUAAAACCUUGUUCUGCAUGGUUUAGAAGUCCUCUCCAAAGUGACAGUUUAGCUUCCCCAGAGCAGUCUUUUUUUUUUUUUUUGAAACAGGAAAUUUCUAUUCUCCCUUUAGUUCAGGAGGGUAAGUUCAUUAACUCCAUUGUCCUCUAGGACGUGUAUCUUCAUGUUCCUAUUCUCAAGGAACAUUUCCAAUUCCUGCAGUUUGCCUCUUUGGACAACCUCUUCCAAUUGGACUGCCCUUCAAAUCUUUUUCAAAGGUUCUAGGGGUUCUUCUGACAGUGGCCAGAUCUCUAAGCCUGCUGCCACACUGCCCUGAAAGCACACAAUCCGUUUGCUCUCUGAAGUUAAAGGGACAGUCAAAACAAACUUUCAUUAUUCACAUAGGGCAUGUAAUUUUAAACAAUUUUCCAAUUUACUUCUAUCACCAAUUUUGCUUUGUUCUCUUGGUAUUCUUAGUUAAAAUCUAAACCUAGGAGGUUCAUAUGCUAAUUUCUAAGUCCUUGAUGGCCGCCUCUUAUUUCAGGGCAUUUUGACAGUUUUCACCAGUAGAGGCUGUUAGUUCAUGCGUUUCAUAUAGAUGACACUGUGCUCACGCACGUGGAGUUCCUGUGAGCCAGCACUGAUUGGCUAAAAUGCAAGUCUGUCAAAAGAGAUGAAAUAAGGGGCAGUUUGUAGAGGCUUAUGUACAAGAUAAUCACAGAGGUAAAAAGUGUAUUAAUAUAACUGUGUUGGUUAUGCAAAACUAGGGAACAUGUAAUAAAGGGAUUAUCUAUCUUUUAAAACCAUAAAUAUUCUGGUGUAGACUGUCCCUUUAACCAGUGCCAGGCCGGGUCAGAUCCUGGAUGGGAGACCAGCUGGGAACACAGGGUGUGGUAUGCCUUAUGACCCGGAGAGGAACAAUUUCUUUUCAGGCGCCUUCUUUUCAUUUAACAAGAUCCCAUUCGGAUUCUCUGUUGUUCAUUCUCCUCUCUCACAGGUGCAACGUGAAUCUGGAAAAGAGUUUCUUAGUACCAAAUACCAGGGGAUGUUUUUUGGGAAUGAUCAUAGACUCGAUCUCCAUGUAGAUUUUCUUGAAAGAGGUCAGAAAAUCCAAGCUUCUUGCUGCUGGUCUUUCCCUUCACUCCUCUUUCCGUACAUCAGUGGCUCUGUGUAUAGAAGUAAUUGGUAAUAGUAGCUUCCAUGGACAUUAUUCCUUUUGCUCGUUUCCAUCUGUGACCUUUACAGUUAUGCUUGCUCAGACUCUCGGAACUCUCUGAGGAUAGACUUAGACAUCCAGACGAGAUUCCCUGUCCUGGUGGAUCUCAGGACCUUCUGUCCCAGGGCACAUGCUUUCUGAGACCAUCAUAGGAGUUGUGCCUACGGACGCCAGCCUUCGGGCUGGGGUGCACUUUGGGGUACCUUAAGAGAUCUGGGAAUUUGGACUCAGGAGGAGUCUGUCCUCCCAAUAAAUAUCCCAGGGUUAAGAGCAUUCUUCUUUGCUCUGAUAGCAGGGCCUCAUUUGAGUUUGGUCCUUUUUUUCAGUUUUCAAUCUGUCAUCAUUCUUCGGUGGCGUAUAUCAACCAGCAGGCAGGAAUUAGAGUAGCCUUGAUGGAGGUGAUUUGCGUUCUUUAAUAGGCUCACAAUAGUCACAUUUCUACCUUCCUCAUCUCAGGGGUGGUCACCUGGGAAGAAGAUUAUCUGUGUAGUCAAACCUUUCAUCAAGGAAAGUGGGCCCUGUAUCUGGAAAUAUUCUCAAUGAUAACUCUCAUAUGGAGAGUUCUGGAGUUGGAUCUUAUGGCGCCUCGUCUAAACGCCAACUUCCAAAAUAUGGACAUAGAUAAGGGGCUUCGUCAACAGCUCUGGUCGACACUCUGGUGGUUCCAUGGGACUUCGGUCUCAUUUUCCUGUUUCCUCCGUUUGCCCUCCUUCCUCGGGUGCUAGACCGUAUCAUCAGGAGCGGCUUCGGUGAUACUAGUUGCUCCAGUUUGGCCUAACAGAAUUGAUUUGCAGAUCUGGUCAGAUGUCGUUCUUUCCCCUGUGGAAAUGACCUCUGAGGAAGGACCUUCUACUUCAAUGUCCUUUUCUACAUCCAAACCUAGAUUCUCUGAAGCUGUCUGCUUGGAGAUUGAACACCCAGUCUUGUCUAGACGAUGUUUUUCAGAUAAGGUGAUUGAUACUAUGAUUCAGGCUCGUAAGGCGGUAACUCGCAAGAUUUACCAUAAAGUAUGGCGUACAUGCUUUUUCUAGUGCGAAUCUAGGGGUUUCUCUUGGAGUCAAGUGAGGGUUUCUUGCAUUCUGUCCUUUUUUCAGGAGGGCCUGGAGAAGAGCUUAUCAGUAAGUACUCUGAAUGGCCAGAUCUCUGCCUUUUAAAUUAUUUUGCAUUAACGUCUGGCUGACUUACCAGAUGUUCAGGCCUUAGUCAGAAUCAGGCCUGUGUUUAUGUCUGUUGCUCCUCUUUGGAGCCUUAAUCUUGUCCUUAGAGAUCUGCAGCAGGCUCCGUUUGAGCCUAUGCACUCUGUUGAUAUUAGUUUGUUGGAAGGUUUUGUUCUUGCUAUUUCUUUUGCUUGUAGGGUCUCAGAGCUUCUGGCUCUGCAAUGCAACCCCCCCCCCCCCCCUUACCUUAUUUUUUCAUCCGGAUAUUUUUUCAUCCGGAAAUUGGGAUUUCUUCCUAAGGUGGUUUUGGACCGCAAUAUCAGUCAGGAAAUUGACGUUCCUUCCUUCUGUCCUAAUCCUUCUCAUAAGGAACGACUCUUGCAUAACCUGGAUGUUUUGCGUGCUUGGAAGUUCUAUCUGCAGGCAACUAGAGAUUUUUGUAAAUCUACUGCCCUUUUUGUUGUCUUUUCUGGUAAACAUAAGGGCCAGAAGGCCACUUCCUCUACUCUUUCUUUUUGGUUGAGAAGUGUUUUUCGGUUGGCUUAUGAGACAGUUGGACAACAGCCUCCUGAGAGGAUUACUGUUCAUUCCACUAGGGCUGUCUCUUCUUCCUGGGCCUUUCAAAAUGAGGCUUUUGUGGAACAAAUCUGCAAGACGUCCACUUGGUCCUCGUUGCAUACUUUUUACAAAUUCUACAAAUUCAAUGUUUUUGCCUCAGCUGAGGUUUCUUUUGGGAGGAAAGUUCUUCAAGCGGUGGUGCCUUCUGUUUAGGUCCGCCUGUAUUGUUCUCCCUCCCUUCCAUUCUGUGUCCUCUAGCUUGGGUAUUGGUUCCCACUAGUAAUUAGAAUGGAUUUGUGGACUUUCCAUGCCAUUGGAAUGUAAAAAAAAAAUUAUGCUUACCUGAUAAAUUCUUUUCUUUCCUGGCAUGGAGAGUCUGUGACCCGCUCUUAUUUAAAUUUUGAAAUGGCUUUUUGUCUUUCUAAACUUCAGGCACCUCUUUACUCUUUGUGUCCUCUUCUCUUUCCGUAUUCCCUCGGCUGAAUGACUGGGGGUUUAUGGGAAGUGGAAGUCAUAGUUAACAUCUUUGCUGGGGUGUUCUUUGCCUCCUCCUGUUGGCCAGGAGUUGAAUUCCUACUAUUAGAAUGGGUUUGUGGACUCUCCAUGCCAGGAAAGAAAAGAAUUUAUCAGGUAAGCAUACAUUUUGGGUUUUUUCUCCCCUUUUCUUGUAAUUUAACUAUGAAAAUGUAUGAUUUUCUAAAUUAAGUAAUGGGUGCUACCAUGUUUGUCCCUUAUCUGUUUCCCUCUCUGAAGACAAUUAUGUUAAGAUUACUACAGCUUUUACUGUAUCUUUGCACUAACCUUGUCUCAUAAUUAUAUGUUAGAAUUGCUGCAGCUUUAAGCUCAGCUCACCACACCCUCUGGAUGUGUCUGGGUCUCUGUGACAUCAUCAGAAGCCAUGUUAGUUUUACUAAUGAACCUGUUAGUGAAUAAGCCAUGUGGUUGUAGCUGAAUAAAAGUUAUCUAAAGUU